GCGUUUGCGCAGUCGUUACUGGCAGGCGGUUCCUUCAGUUGCUUAGUGGAGUCAUUAGUGAUUAAUCGGUUUAUUUGGAUGUAUUUUUUGAGGCCGUGUCUAUUACUGUGAUGGCCGCCGACUGUUAUGUCUCUCGCGGAGGGGCGCGGAUUGGCCGUUACCAAGGGAUACUGAGUAAAGCAUUCACCAUGUAUGGCAAAGACCCGUUCGACGAGCGGAGCAACCCUCAGGGUGUUCUGAAUUUGGGAACAAGUGAGAACAAACUUUGUUUUGACUUGAUAGAAGAGUGGUUUAACAGACUUAAUGGUGGAAGCAACAUUGCACCUCACUUGUUACAGUAUUCCAAUGUUCAAGGCAUUGAGAGUUUCAGAGAAGAAAUUGCCAAAUUUCUCACUGAGUAUGCCAGAGCUUCAAAAGCAUUGAAUCCAGAGCACAUUGUGGUUAUGAAUGGAUGUUGUUCCAUCUUUGCUGCACUCUCUAUGGUUUUAUUUGACCCUGGAGAUGGCUACCUGAUUCCAACUCCAUAUUUUGGUGGUGUGCACCCAGAUAUGUGGCUGUAUGGAGAAGUGCAAGCUGUGCAUGUACCUUUGGAUAGUAAGAUGUUAGAAGGUGAAAGCUUUCCCUUUCAGCUAACAGUGAAAAAACUUGAAGCAGCUUUGCAGAAAGCAAAGGUGCAGGGCAUCAGAGUCAGAGCUUUAAUCUUGAUCAACCCUCACAAUCCGUUAGGGGACAUUUACCCUGAACAGUUACUGAAAUACUGUCUAGAGUUUGCACACAGACACAAAUUGCAUGUGAUAAUGGAUGAAAUUUACAUGCUCUCAGUGUAUGAUGACUUUGACUUCAGCAGCAUUCUUAGCUUGAAUCCACCAGACCCAGAAAAAAUACACUUUAUGUGGGGAUUUAGUAAGGACUUUACCAUGUGUGGGAUUCGGGUUGCAGUUUUGCAUUCAAGGAGCAGAGAGAUCCGUUCUGCUCUUAAUCAACUGGCCAGUUUCCAUGGAUGUCCAGGUCCAAUUCAGUUCAUUCUUAGUCAGCUAAUUGCUGAUAGAGAGUGGAUAGAAAAAACAUUUCUGUCAACAAGCCGAAGACGUCUGAAAGAAGCACACCAUAUUAUCGUUGAUGGUUUAGCUGCUCUUGGGAUUCCAGUUCUUCGAAGCUCAGCAGGAUUAUUUGUUUGGGCAGAUUUUAGAAAAUUCCUGAGAACUCAGACUUCAGAAGCUGAGAUGGAACUCUGGUGGAAACUCAUCGCUGGAAAACUCUACAUAAAUCCUGGCAUAGCUUUUGACUGUUGCGAGCCUGGGUGGUUUAGACUGGUGUUUUCAGACUCUGCUGAUAGGAUACGUUUGGGGAUUCAGAGGCUGAAGAUGGUAUUACAAUCUUAUGCAUCAGAAGCAAUUCCUUUGAAUGUACUGAAAGAGGUGGCUCCAUCUGUGGAUUCUGUCGAGAUAAAUUCAAACAACGAUUUUUCAGACAAUACAGUACAGUUGUUACAAAGAACAUCAGCAGCACAAAGGAAGACAAUGGUUAAUAUGACCACUUUCUCUUCUGCAACAAGUUAAGGGAUUGCCUACGUGCAUUUAGUUAAUUAUAUGUGCAGCUAAUAGUUUAGAAGCAAGCACAUGUGCUUUCUUGACGUGAAAGAAAAGCUUUUGCAAAAGAGUAGUUCAAGAUUUUUUUCCCUUCCCUAACUGAACAAUUAGAGUAAUAUUUGCUUAGGAUCUGUGCAGGUAGAAUGGAAUAUGUGCUAAGUUAUUGAUCGGAACCAUAUCAUCAUGAAUGGCAUUAAAUGCAAAUACUAUUAUUGUGUAUUUACAAUUAUGUAUUUUCCCAUCAGCAUUGUUGUUACAUCAGUAUCACUAUUUUCAACUGGUAAAUGCCAGUGUUAAAAUAACAUUUAUAAGACAAUACACCCAGUGUCACUGAUGUAAACAGUGAAACUGAGUUGGGUUUGAUUUAUUUGUAAGUUUGGAAAGAAACAGUGGUUUAGAGAUUUGAAGAUGUUUUGCUUUGCCUUCUUUGUGAAAUUUACACUUUUCACCUUUUUCUCCCUAGUCUUGAACCUGUGGCCUGUGCAGCAGGGAUAUGUAAAUAAAGUAAAUUAAAAAUAAGCAGAACCUGCUGUUCAGCAUUGUGAUCUUCUAUUAAAUCAUUUGUAUUUUAAA